ACCGAACCCAGUUCCCUCUGAGCAGCCAUAGCGUACGGAUCUCCGUGCCGGCACGUUUACAGGAGCUCAGUCCGUCAGUUCACCUGAUGAUGGCGACAUGUAUGAUCGCCGAAAUAUUGUGCCCGUUGGACACUAUAGACCGGCUGCACACCCGUGGAUAUUUUGACUAUUAAGGUAAGGCUGCCAACCGUACGUGCAGUUAGUUUAACCUCUGCCAAAUGAAGAAACUCCAAAUUCCACUGCUCGUGCGGCAGUCCGUUUCAAGCACUCUCAAAUAUCUAUAUAUACGUAGAACGUACAUGGCUUUGCUGCUGUGUACUGUGAUCUUCAUUACUUGGUCGUCUGCUCGUUUCCCCAAGUACACGAUGUGGCUAGAAGAGCGUCGCUUCCUACCCGAGCGAGGCGCUGCCAAUAUAUUCUUCAUAGAGACAACGUGUGCUAUUGAGGACCUGCCGUGGAUGGGACUGCGCCCGCGGCAGGCGUGCGCUGUGGAGUCUGCGGUGCGGCAUAACCCUGGACGACCCAUCUACGUGCUGCACACGUGUGAAGCACCCACAUCGGACACGUGGCUGCCGGCCGGAGCCACAGCUGUCCACGUGGUGCUGGCAGAGUUCCUGCGAGACACGCCGCUCUACGGUCCACUCAUAGAGAACGGCAAUCUCGCCGCCAGCAGGUGGCCCGUCCACCACGCCUCUGACGUCAUGCGGCUCGUCGCGCUCUGGAAGUACGGUGGCCUCUACCUGGACCUGGACUUCGUGAUACUGAGAAACCUUUCAAAGAUGGGUGAAAACUGGAUUGCAGCAGAGAGCAAUUAUACGCUCGCCAACGGUGCUAUGCAUAUGUCUUCACUGCCGGGCUCAGCAGGAAAGGAGUUAGCGAACACCUACAUGGAAACUCUGCGGACAGAGUUCGAUGGGCAGCAAUGGACGUCCAACGGCGGUGCAAUACUCAUGAAGUUGCUGCUUCAACGUUGCAACGUCACCAAGGUGAUGGUCAUGAGGAACUGUCGUGGUUUCCGAGUUUUGGGGCCGGCGCUGCUGUACCCAGUGCCCUUCCAGAUAUGGAGGAAAUACUUUUCUGAGGAGGACACUAACAGCACGCUGGCUGCCAUGCACCGAGCUUACGCAGCCCACAUGUGGAACAAGCUCAGCGAGGAAGCAGGAGUCGUGCCACAAAACUCGGCCUACGCUAAACUUGCCCGCGAAAAUUGUCCGAACUCCUUUAGGGUAGCCGCGGGACACUUCUGAUAGUGACUUCCUGUUUUGUACAGACUAAUCGUUCCAGUAAUUCGUAAACCCGAUGCUGCCCAAAAUUAUUCAGAAGUACUGUGAUGUGCUUUAACUUGUGACGAUACUACAUAGACAACUGACCUUCUUGACCGACCCUUCAUCUGAGAAGUAAUGAGCUACUUUUGUGUGGAAAUAGCGGAAAUGCAGUAAUUGCAAAAAAAAAAAAAAAAUGUAUCUCAGGACUCAAAUCCAGUACUUCUCAGGUGAAAUCUAUUA